AUGACGACGACGACGUUUCGUCUCUAUUUAUUGUUUUCAUUUUUCGUGUUAUUCGCCCAAUGGUCGCCUGUACUUUCCGAUCUACUCAUCUCCAAACUUGAUCGAAAGGUUGACCUGACUUCUCAAGUAGUACGCAUAACUGCAACUUUGAAGGUUAGUGGUUAUUGCUUGGGCCUUUUCAGGUUCUGGGAUAAGUUUGUUAAAAAUCUAGAGAAUCCUGGUAACGAUCAAAUUUCGGAGGUUUUGUUACCAUUCCCUGAUCACCAGGCAAAAGAUUUAGCAUUUUUAGUGGCAACAACCAGUGAAGGGAAAGGGAAAACUAAAACUUCUUCCAGUAGUCUACCUAUUAAAGUUGUUAACCCUGAAGGCUUGCCUCCGUCAUUGACUUGGUAUUCUGUCACCCUACUGAAGGAGCUAGGCAAGGGGCAGAGCUUGACUUUGGAAGUCAGGACUGCAUUUACGCAUGCACUACGGCCAUUUCCUGAGAAAAUUACUCAAGCUGAUAUCCAGCUUCUUGUGUUCCAGGAGA